UUCAGCAGUCCAAAACCGAAGAAAGUACCAAAUUUUAUGUCUCUUGAAAGAGAGGAAAAUGCUAACCUCAUGAGUCAAUUAUUAAGACCGUUUUGUACCUUCUUUGGUCACACUACAAGAGGUUCCCACGCACCUUCCACGAAAGAGUAACCCCUUUAGACAAGAAAAAUCAGCCUCCAAUUUGUGCAAGCAAAAACAGUGGCAAGCAACAACCACCCUUCCCGUCUCUUCGACCCUUUACAAAAAAAAAAAAACACUUAUUUUUCCUUUAACAAAACAUUCUUCUCUGUACCAGAAAUUGUCAACUUCUCAUCAACCUAUCCAUCACUCCUUCCUUCCAUUCUUCAUCUAAUUAACUAUAUAAAUGCUCAUACCCAGAUUAACAACUUCCCCACACAAAAAGCUUCCCUCAUUAUUCUCACUAUAGAGCACAAACCCCAUUUCUUUUCUUUCUUUUUUUGUCACAAGUGUAGUGUUGCUUCAUUGAGAAACUAGGACUAGAAGCACCAAUGGCAUCCAAGAGGAACACGGUUGUUUUUGAGGACUACUUCCCUGCAAUGAUGGAGAAACUGGGCACUGAGGGGUUCAUGAAGGAGCUGACAAACGGAUUUCAGUUGCUGAUGGACAGAGAGAAGAAGGUGAUAACGUUCGAGAGCUUGAAGAAGAACUCUGCAUUGCUUGGGUUGGAAGGGAUGAGCGAUGAUGAGUUAAGAUGCAUGCUGAGAGAAGGUGAUCUUGAUGGUGAUGACGCACUUGACGAGAUGGAAUUCUGCACCCUCAUGUUCAGGUUGAGUCCUGCUUUGAUGAACAAUUCCAAGGAGCUUUUGGAGGAAGCCAUUUACCCUUUUCAUUAGUCUCUUUUUCUUUCUAUGUCCUCUUUUCACUCUCACUCAGCUCCUUCUUCAUCUUGUGUGUUCUACGGUGCUUUUCAUUUCUUUUUUAGUUUCUUUUUUCGUAUUGUUUUUUAUGGAGCUGUUCUGCAGUGUGUAAUUGCGGAUUUCUGGUUAGUUGGUUGAAGUCUUAUUCAACAAUGCCAUGCCAUGCCACUUAUUAAGUUGUUAUAUUACUCUU